UUUGCUGAUCCUUGUCUGUCAGCAGUGCUGAAAAGUACUUGAAGAGUACUCGACCCCUCAUUGCUAAUAAAAACCCCGCCCACGAAUUCCUAUCACAAUGACUGCCAACACUGCCAAUACAACCAUACAGGGCACGAAUCAUGGCAUGCAAAUCGGACAAAACUUGGGAAACAUCGAGGCUCACUUCCAGUCGGCUGAAGAUCACUGCAUCCGAGAUCUCCUCACUACUGACCCACAAGAUGACAGAAAACGGAUUAUUCAAGAGAAAGGGGGUCUACUGCAAGACUCGUUUCGCUGGGUCCUUGAAUGCGAAGAAUUUCAACAAUGGCAAACGAACGCCGACAGUCACCUCCUCUGGAUCAAGGGAGAUCCUGGAAAAGGAAAAACUAUGCUGAUCUGCGGGAUCCUCGAUAGACUACCAGACCGCGAGGGAGUCAACGUUGCAUUCUUUUUUUGUCAAGCAGCCGAUCCACGCCUGAAUACUGCCACUGCAGUUUUGCGGGGACUGGUAUUUAUGCUGGUCAAUCGUCAGCCUUCGCUGCGGCCUCAUCUUCAGCGCCGGUAUGAGCAAGCCGGCAAGCAGCUUUUCGAGGGUACCAACGCCUGGACAGCUUUAUCUGGCAUUUUCUCCGCUAUGCUCAGUGACCCAAGCCUCCAUGAGACUUUCAUCGCUAUCGACGCCCUCGAUGAAUGUACCGUUGACCUGCCCCUUCUUCUCGGUUUGAUUGUUGAUCAGCAGUGCUCUCCCAGACGGGAGGUGAAAUGGCUCUUGUCGAGUCGCAAUUGGAAGAUAAUCGAAGAAUUUCUCGACCCUGUGGUUGAGAAUAGUAAGCUCUCUCUUGAAACACAUGAGCGAGCAAUUGCAAGCGCUGUGGCCGUCUAUAUACGGCAUGAAGUCGGGAAGCUUUCGAAACAAAAGCGUUAUUCCGAGAACCUUCACAACGAGGUCUUUUAUCAUCUGACAUCAGAGCAGCCAAGUACUUUUCUCUGGGUUUCCUUAGUCUGCAGGGCUCUCGCUAAGUCAUCAGUUCUGAACACGCGGAAACUACUUCUUACUUUUCCGUCUGGUCUUACGCCACUCUACCAGCGAAUGCUUAAGGACGUUCUCGGCUGUGAAGACGCAACGCUGUGCAAAUCCAUCCUCGGGGUUGCGUUGACAGUAUUCCGCCCAAUUAACGUGGACGAGCUGGAAGGGGUACUGGAAUUACCCGAGUUCCUUAUCCAGAAUCCACAGUAUCUGUUGGAUGCAAUCAGCCUCUGCGGCUCAUUCCUGAUCCUUCAUGAGCAGACCAUCACGUUCGUCCAUCAGUCAGCAAAAGAGUUUCUAAUCGAGACGUCUAAAGACAUUAUCCUAGCCGAUGGUAUCCCCAACCAGCACUAUGCGAUCUUCACACAUUCCCUCAAGACGAUGUCUCUAGUUCUGCGGCGGGAUAUAUAUCAUGUUCAUGAUCCUGACACGCACAUCAACAGUAUUACCCGUCCGGAUAGUGACCCAUUGGCGUCAAUACGAUACGUCUGCCUUUACUGGGUCAGUCAUCUCGAACUGGGGAUUCAAGACCAUCCGCGAGAAUUUGGCAGCCUCGUGGAGGUGUUUCUGCAUAAAUACUAUCUUCAGUGGAUCGAGGCCGUAAGCCUCCUGAGAAGAAUCUCAGAGGGUAUCAGGGCCAUGGUCAAGCUUGAGAUGGUAGUUCAGGCACCCUGCGAUUUGGGGCAUUUAAGAGAGCAGAUUUAUGACGCCGUUCGUUUUAUACAAACCCACCGAGCUGCUAUCGAGCGAUUUCCCCUUCAAAUAUACUUCUCAGCUCUUCUUUUCAGCCCGAGAAAAAGCAUAACAAAACGCUUUUAUCAGAAUGAAAUGCCAAGCUGGGUUCUUGAUGAGCCUGUGCUAGAGGAUAAUUGGAGCCUGUGUACUCACAGACUUGAAGGUCAUUCAGAUACUGUGAUCCGUGUCGCAUGGUCACCAAAAGGCGAUAGGCUCGCUUCAGGAUCCAAUGACGGAACUGUUAGAAUCUGGGAUGCAGACACCGGCGGUUCAAUUAUGGUUCUCAAUGGACAUGUCGGUAAUGUCACAAGUCUUGAAUGGUCUCCGAUACACGAGCAGAGACUUCUGUCAUGUGGAUUAGAGCGCAACAAGACAGGGCCUUGGAGGCGUUGGCUGAGGUUGUGGGACUUGACCAGCGGAAAGUGCAUACAUCGUAUCGACGGCGACAUGUGUAUUUGGUCAAAGGAUGGGUUCAAAGUCGCGAUCGUGGUGGAGGAGAAGUUGAUCCGACUUUGGGAUGUGGCGGCUGGGACUAUACUGACUCUCGGAGGACAUGAUGCCAAGAUCAAGGCUCUUGCUAGCUCAUAUUUUGAUCAGCUUGCAUCUCAGGCAUUUUUCGGGCAUGUGAUCAAGAUAUGGGACCUGAGGACCGGCACGUUGACAGCAACUCUUGAGCAUUUGUGGGUCGACGAGUUUGUUUGGUCGCCAGAUGGCACACAACUUGCCUCCGUCUCAAAUAGGGGGCCAAGCACAGUCAAACUAUGGAACCCGAAAACAAGCCAGUGCAUCAAGGAGUUCGGAGCAGAAGUUUUGAGUGGACCGCCUGUACGGGGACCGAUUGCCUGGUCACAACAUACCAAUCGACUGGUCGUCGCAUCCUCCGACAUGAUGCGCAUUUUCGACCCAAUCGAUGGACAAUGCGUUUUGUCGAUGCCAACUGAGACAACUGGAAGAUAUUAUGGACCUUGGUGUUCUGCCGACGGAACUCGAGUAGCGGCAUUGAUCACAAGCGGAAAAGAAAUCCGUAUCUGGGACCUGGCUACAGGGGAAGUUGUGUCAAUUUUUGGACAUACCGGCGCGGCAAAUGCUCUUUCCUGGUUUCCCGACGGAAGACAUAUUGCACUGGCAACAGACAAUAAGGUGAUUGAAUUCUGGCGCACGUCUGGCUUUGAGCGAAAGGCGGCUGAUCUGGACGCAUCAUGGCCUGGCAUAGAUUACCUCGCUUGGUCGCAUGAUGGAAUGUGGCUCUUGACCCAACAAUCGGGAAAUGUCAAAGUCUGGAACUCGCUCACCAAGCAUCGUACGACUGUGGCACCAGAGAAACGGGUGUAUGGCGUCUCCUGGUCACCCACUCGCCCGCACCUAGGAGCGAUUCUGAACGAGGACAGGGUAAUCAUUUGGGAUCCAGCCACAGCGGAAAUCUUGGAAGAGCCUGAAUCGCUUCCAGGUCUAGCGCGGUUGAUCUCGUGGUCACGCGAUGGAAAUCGUUUAGCCAUUCUCUUCAGAGACAAUUCUUCCAUUGCAGUUUGGGAACCCGGCUCGCCCCUUACCUUGCUAGAUGGACACAACAAUUUGCCGGGAUCCGUGGCCUGGUCGUCUCAGUGCCAUCGUCUGGUUUCUUUUUCUAACGAGGAGGGUAGUUCUAUGAUCAGAAUAUGGAGCAAGACUGGCGGCAGCUUGAGAUGUACUGCUACCAUAGAAGGGCCUUUUGGUGAUUGGGAGUCGAUCUCUUGGUCCAGGGCUGAAAACACCAUUUUAUUGUGGUCGUCAGACUGUUAUGCAGCCAUAAUGUGGAGCUCGGUUUUCGGAAACGGUACCAUUGCAGGCAACUUCGAACUUCACAAUAUGCCUAUCAUCAAGUCAGAACUGAGGAUGUAUUUGGACCCCGAGACCUUCAUGCACUAUCUCGAAAACAGCUCCUCUCCCGAUCUUGCUCGCAUCAACCCGGAUCAUCUCCCUCCCCUCUACAAACGACACGCGUACAGCAUAAGCGAAGAUAAAUCAUGGAUCAACUAUCAAAACAAAGGUCUCCUCUUUUUGCCAGCCGAUUAUAGACCGAAUGACACCCCGCUUUGUAUAAAGGAGACAGCUUCAUCCAUCAAUUUGGCAUUUGGCUGCCGAUCAGGUCGUGUAUUAUUCUUUCGUUUAUCGAAGGGAAAUCCUAUGCUAUGAAUAUUGCAUAAGAAUAAUAUGUGACUGAUAGGUUUGUGGCUUGGCAUGGAAGAAACUUCUGCGCCUUCCCUCAAUCACUUUCUCGCCGAGGAACAUUGAGCGUCAAUGGGAGUUAGAGCCAUCAAAGAAAGUGUAUAGCGGCUCAUGGGCUCAAUUUAGAACACAUCUUGACUCAUUGGGC